AUGAAGAAGGAAGAGGAAGGGGAAGAAGAAGGAAGAAGAAAGAAAAGGGAAGAAGAGGAAAGAAGAAGAAGGAAGAGGAGGAGGAAGAAGAAGAAGGGGAAGAAGGGGAAGAAGAAGAAGGGGAAGAAGGGGAAGAAGAGGAAGAAGGGGAAGAAGAGGAAGAAGAGGAAGAAGGGGAAGAAGAGGAAGAAGGGGAAGAAGAGGAAGAAGUGCCGGAUGAAGAAGGAAGAGGAAGGGGAAGAAGAAGGAAGAAGAAAGAAAAGGGAAGAAGAGGAAAGAAGAAGAAGGAAGAGGAGGAGGAAGAAGAAGAAGGGGAAGAAGGGGAAGAGGAAGAAGGGGAAGAAGGGGAAGAAGAGGAAGAAGGGGAAGAAGAGGAAGAAGAGGAAGAAGGGGAAGAAGAGGAAGAAGGGGAAGAAGAGGAAGAAGAAGAUGAAGUAA